AACAGUGACCAGAGGCACCUCGAUGUCAUUUCGUCCGGCGCUGGAAGUCAUAUGGUCUUAGUUGUGUUUCUGUAGUAUAGCCAGUGUCUGAUUUGUAAAGAAAAGUAACAUUUCUUACACCACAGUGUCCCAUCGAACUAAAGCUACAGUGAGAACUUUAUAGUCAUUCACAGAGGAAAGCUAGGCUAUCACGUGUGUUAGCAGCCGAGGACCCUUUACAGUUAGUUAGCCAGCUAACGUGGGCUCAGAGUAAGCUGUCCGUUUCGUCAUGUUUAGAUGAUGUUAGCAGCAGUUUCUCACACUCGGACCGCGUGACUGUGUUUUAGUAGUAAGUCUUCGUGUGGACAUUCAUGAUGCGGCCGGUAGCCAAAGGGCUCAUAAGCAUCAUCCGUGCGUUCUCGAAUCCGAACGUGGCUGGCAUUCUUCGGCUUCAGACACAGUGGAACUCGCCCUCGGCGUUCCAGAACAUUCGCCCGCUUUCGAUGUCGCUGUGGCCAUUCAGUGCUCAGCCGCGGGACUUCAGCCUGCCCAAUGCGUCAUGGAGCCCAGAGAUGCGGAGAGUUUACGAUCAUUAUAUUGCGCUGUGUGAGGUGGAGACUAUAGGGGGCGAGAAGAAGACGGGACCUUGGCGGAAGCUGCCCAGCUAUAACCGUACUCUCAAAUAUGCCAAAGGAGGAACAUAUCUUAGUAAGAUGAUCCAGUCCAAAGCUCGACUCUUCACAAGGAGCAUAAAGGAGCACGGAGCAGCAUUUGAGUAUGUCAUUUUUGUGAACAAGCAGGAGAAGAGAUGUGUAUGCGUGUUUCAGGCUGGACGUCUACUGGAGGGACCACCUGGGCAUGUGCACGGAGGAGCAAUAGCUACCAUGAUUGAUACUGUGAUGGGUGGUCUUGCUGCUUGCCUGUCUGGGCCCAUAAUGACUGCCAAUCUCAACAUCAGUUAUCGCAGCCCGAUAACGCUGGGUAGUGUAGUCCUUAUUCACAGUGCUCUGGAUCAUGUGGAGGGCAGAAAAACCUUCUUAACCUGUAGGGUGACCAGCACUGAUGAGACUAAACUACACACAGAGGCAACAGCGUUAUUUGUGUCAAUUAAUGUGGGCCAUUUAUUUGGGACAUAAGGUUUAAAGCAGGCCAGAAGCCACCAUAUUUGUGUGUGUGUGGAUUGGGUUGGUGUGAGUGCGUGUAUGAAACGACCAGCUAGUGGUAGCAAUGUUUAACCUCCGCCAGCUGUCACAGCCACAUGAGACUUCCUCUGAUGUGCCUGAUAUUUAAUUACAUUAACAUGCCAGAGAGCAAAUAUUUAUUUAUUUUGUAUAUUUUUUUUAAACUCUGUAUUUAUUGACAUUUUACCACUGGCACUACUUACUCAUGAACUGUUAUAUUUAAACCUUUACUUGGGAUAGACUUUGAGAUGGUGCUUGACAUACCAUACAUUAUUUUAAUAACUUUUAAGUUGGUAGUUAAUGCUUCUCAAGUAAUAUCCUUUUGAUGAUUCUAUGUAGUUAUUCAUGUAUACUGGAAUUAUGUUUAUAUAAAUAUGCAGUCUAUGUCUGUGUAAAUUUGUUUUGUAAAUACCUCAAAGUUUUUUCGGUAAAGCCGUUAUUUUUGAAAAGUGUAUUUCUCUUAGUAAGUCGGCAGUAAGUCGGAUUGGUUUCCAGUCAGGGUUGGACCCCACCAGGGCUGUCUGUUGUCACCGAUUCUGUUCAUAUCUUUAAUGGACAGAAUUUCUCGGAACAGCCAAGCGGCAGAGGGUGUCCAGUAUGGUGGC